AUUUAGCACAGCUAGCGCCCUUUACACCGGUAGUCGCAGAGCACAGCAAAAAGUCGCUCCCCAGACAAUCCGGCGACGUAGCUGUCAAAGUCUGUGGCUAUAGGGACCAGGUUUGAGCGAAACGACAAGGAGGUAGCAUUUUGUCGUUGGGUACUUGUAGGAUAAUUAAUCAACGGGGUCGACAACACGACCAUAACAAUUACUGAUGUUGGGUGGCGCUGGUAGAAUUCUGUGCUGAUUGGGAAGUUGAACACUAGCAAUAGCUACCAAGCUAGCACAACAAACGCUAGAAAUGACACCCAGCGACAACCCCCACAUUUUGCUGGGUAGGAUAAGAUUUCUUAACGACUGUGUACUGUGUUUUAGAAAGAGCGACCCUCUUCCAGAAUGUCUGGGUUUCGUUCCCAAAGAAGUGUGCUACAAAAUAUGCAAGGAUUCAUCCACCUCAUCAGUGCCGUCUUCGUCAACCUCUGGAAACUCAUCUGGAAAAACACUAAUAUCGGUCUGGGAAAGUCCAUAUCAAUCUCCACACAUUAAGAAAUUAUGCAAGUGGAACAUUGAGCCGAAAAAGGGAACAUGCAUUCGAACAACAGGCGAGGAAUACUGUAACACUCACGGUUUAUGGGUGAAAAUAAGCAAGGAACAACUGGAGGAGUAUCGCAGUGGUGUAGAUGUGGAGGAGGGCUGGAUCCUUGUGUGCAAGCACACAGAAGGUGGUGACCGACUGGUGCCUGUUGAAUCAUCCGAUACAAUAAGCAGACAACAACAGCUUUUUGGUUAUGACCAUAAGCCCUCCAACAGGUGGGAACAAGUAGUGGACAUUGAGAAUGCCUUGCAUUUGGGCACCAAACCCAAAGUAGCAGAGCGAGAUGAAUCUGCCACGCAGAAACUCCGGUAUGUGCCGCCCACAUGGACGUAUGAAUGUGACGAGGACCUGGUCCACUACUUAUACGAGCACAUCGGAAAGGAGGAUGAAAACCUGGGCAGUGUGAAGCAGUGUGUGACAAGCAUAGAUGUCUCCUCAUGCUCAGAGGACCCAAGUGGUGGUGCCAGCUGUCUGACGGAUGGGGACAAUGAGACGUUCUGGGAGAGUGACGGCAUGCAGGGCCAGCACUGGAUCCGUCUCCAUAUGAAGAGAGGCACCGUGGUCAACAAGCUGUUGCUGACAGUGGAUUCAACGGAUGACAACUACAUGCCAAAACGAGUGACUGUGUAUGGUGGUGAAGCAGAAAACUUGAAGAAGUACAGUGAUGUCACUAUUGAUGAAAAUCUGAUUGGUGAGGUUUGUGUACUGGAGGAUAUGACAGCGCACCUGCCUGUUAUUGAAGUCCGAAUUGAGGAAUGUAGAGAUGAUGGCAUAGACGUCAGGAUCAGGGGUUUGAAAAUUAAGUCCUCCUGCGAGAGAGACUUGGGACUCAAUGCAGAUGUAUUCCAGUCCUUUAAUCUGGUGCGUUACCCCCGACUGGAGGGUACUCUCCCAGAAGUCUUGUAUCGCCGCGCACUCGUCAUCCAGAGAUUCAUUUCCUUGCUGGACAGCCUCCUGCCUCAUCUUGUUCCAGCGUGGGACUACAGUUUGGGUACCUUUAACCAAAUCAAGAAUAUAAAGCAGUUCCUGCUGCUGUCAAAGCGCCGCUGUGCACUCAUCAGCCAAUGCUUGAAGGACUCUGAGACCAGCAAGCCCAACUUCAUGCCUCGUCUCUACAUCAACCGCAGGCUGGCCAUGGAGCACCGCGACAACCCCUCUCUUGACCAUACCUGCAAAAAUGCAGUCUUCACUCAGGUGUAUGAGGGUCUGAAGCCAUCCGAUAAAUUUGAAAAAACCCUCGACUACAGGUGGCCCGCGCGAUAUGACCAGUGGUGGGAGUGCAAAUUCAUUGCAGAGGGAAUUAUUGAUCAAGGUGGUGGAUUCCGUGACAGCUUGGCAGAUAUGUCUGAAGAGCUGUGCCCAUGUUCAGCUGACUGCCCCAUGCCUCUUCCAUUUUUCAACAGAGCUUCCAACCAGGGGUCUGGGGAGGCCAGAGAUUUCUACGUGCCCAACCCCUCUUGCAGAGAAUUCAAUAAGUAUGAGUGGAUAGGCCAGCUGAUGGGAGCUGCCCUGAGAGGAAAAGAUUUCCUGGUCCUAGCUCUUCCUGGACUGGUGUGGAAGCAGCUAACAGGAGAAGAGGUCAGCUGGAAUAAGGAUUUCCCUGCUGUGGACUCUGUACUGGUGAAGUUGCUGGAGGCCAUGGAGCACAUGGACAGGGAGACGUUUGACUUUAAAUUCGGCCAGGAGCUGGUCUACACCACGCCGCUGAGCGACGGCAGGCUGGUGGAGCUCAUCCCUGGCGGGGGUGAUGUGGUGGUCCACUAUGAGAACCGCAUGGAGUUCAUCCGGCUGGUGCAGAAGUCACGACUAGAAGAGAGCAGAGAGCAGAUAGCUGCUAUGCGUGCUGGCCUGGUUAAGGUUGUACCACAGGCUGUACUUGACCUUUUGACCUGGCAGGAAGUGGAAAAGAAAGUCUGUGGGGAUCCGGAGAUCACAGUGGAGGCCCUAAAACGGCUAACUCGAUACGAGGAUCUUGAACAGACAGAUGUCCGUGUACAGUACCUAUGGGAGGCUCUCACAAACUUUACAAAUGAGGACCGUAGCAGGUUCCUUAGAUUUGUGACUGGCAGAAGUCGUCUUCCCGCUCCAAUCUACAUAUUUCCUGAUAAACAAGGCUCUGAAACUACAGAUGCUCUUCCACAGUCUUCUACUUGUUCCAGCACACUCUACCUACCAAAUUAUCCAAGUGCCAAGGUCUGCGAGGAGAAGUUGCGCUAUGCUUCCUACAACUGUGUGGCCAUUGACACCGACAUGAGCCCUUGGGAAGAGUGACCUGGCUUGAACCAUGUAUUCGCAAUCUGCAAAGCCUGUAUUUUGACAUUUUGGGAUGACAUCAGACUUAAUUUUAUUUUAUUUUAUUUUGUGUACAGAUCAUGAGCUUGAUGUUAAUGAAUGCAUAUUCCCGACCUGUCAUUAGUAAUGACAGCACACACACACACAAAGAAUCAUUGUGUACACCCUGAAAUAAUAAACUGUAAAUGAAAAAAAAAGAAAAGCAGAUCAUGUUCUGGAAGUGACAUACUUGAUUAUUUCUAUGGUUUGCUUUUUCCAUGAAUGAUUUGUAUAAAUGACAUGUAAAGGUUGAAUAAUAAAAUACGCAAGACAGA